AUGAAGGACUUGGGGCGGGUGUUGGCGCUGCAGUCGCACGUGGUGCGGGGCCACGUGGGGGCCGAUGCCUUUUGCUUCCCGCUGCAGCACUUGGGGCUGGGCGUGGGGUGUAUAUACACCUGCCAGUUCGUGGACUUGUUUACCCACGAGGGGUCGCUGCUGCAGCAGCAGCAGCUGCAGCAGCUGCUGCAGCACUUCCAGGCGCCGGCCUUCCAGCCUGCUGCUUCCGCGGGCAGCGCGGCGCCGCCCGCUGCUGCAGCAGCAGCAGCAGCAGCAGCAGCAGCAGCAGCAGGCGGCUACGAGCCCCCCUUUCGCUACAUUGCUUCCGGAUUUCUGUAUGUACACCCCAGCUGCGUCAGCAGCUACAGCAGCAAGCUGCUGCCUCUGGCUGAUGUCAUUACACCCAACCAGUACGAGGCUGGCUGGCUGCUGGGCAGCAGCAGCAGCAGCAGCAGCAGCAGCAGCAGCAGCAGCAGCCAGGAGCAGCAGCAGCAGCAGCAGGAGGCGGGGUGGCGCGACUGCUGCUGCGAGGCCGUUCCCAUUGACAACUUUGCUGCUCUUUUUGCUGCUGUUGCUGCGCUGCACCAGCUGGGGCCCGAAGUGGUGGUGAUUACUUCUGUGCAGUUUCCUUCUGCUGCUGCUGCUGCUGAGGCCCACGCCAUCCUUGCUGCAGCGCAGCAGCAGCAGCAGCAGCAGCAGCAGCAGCAGCAGCGGCUGCAGCAGAAACCCGAAGACUACUUGUUCAUCGUCGCGUCCCGCAGGGAGCGGGAGGUGCAGCGCUGCGCGCCCUCAGCAGCAGCAGCAGGCGAGGGAGAAGCAGCAGCAGCAGCAGCAGCAGCAGCAGCAGCAGAAGCAGCAGACGUGCUGUAUGCUGCUGCUGUGCCCAUCAAACAAGGAUAUAUAGGAGGCGCGGGGGAUUUAUUUGCUGCUCUUUUUCUUGGCUUUUUUGUCCGGGAAAACUUCCAUUUGGGAAAAACUCUGGAGAAAACAAUUGCUGCAGUCCAGGGCGUGAUAGAACACACCAUAAGCCGCUCGCCGCGGCCCCAAACUGUCGAUGCUGUUGCUGCUCAAGAAUUUAUUCUUAACCCCCCCCCUUCUUGCAUGCAUCCAGUGGUGCUGCUGUCGCGGCAGCAGCUGCAGCAGCAGCUGCAGCAGCAGCAGCAGCAGCAGCAGCAGUGA